AUGGAGGGGGCCCAGGUGGCACCCAGAGGAGGCCGAGCCGGGGCCGCGAUGCCCAUGGAGCCCUUGGAAAACCCGGUGCCCCCCGCAGAGGAGCGGCGCCUAGGAAGCCCCGAGAGCAGCCCGGCCGCGGCCGCGCAGGAGGCGCCCGGCGCGGGCCCGGACCUGGACCCGGACCCCUCGGGCGGACAGAAGCUGCCCUCGCCUCGCCCCGCGCGCCUGCGGCUGCUGCCCGCCGGCCUCGGCUACGGCGCCUUCCGCCGCCCGCUGUCCGCGGCCCCCGAGCCGCCGUCGCCGGGCCCCGCGGCGGCCGAGCAGCCCCGGGAUGGCGAGGCGGCGGGAGCCGAGCUGGUGCCCAGGGCGGCGCCGGAGGAGCCGGGGCCCGGCAGCUGGGCGCCCGUGGAGCUGCAGGUGGACGUGCUCGUGAAGCCCGUGGGCGCGGCCGGCGGCAGCCACGCGCCCUCGCCCGCGCCCUCGCGGCGCUUCAUCACCGUCCCGGUGCCCGAGCCGCCCGCCUCCCCCCGCCACGCCGCGCCCGCGGGCCCGCUGCUGCCGCGCACCGCGUCCCUGGGCAGCGCGUGGAGCCGCGGCUCGCCGCUGGCGGCCCCCCGGGCGGAGCACGGCCUCGCCGCGGAAGACGGAGCGGCGGCCCCGGGCGCCCCCACGUGCCGCUGCCGCUGCCGCUGCCAGGAGCCGGGCAGGGAGGACGCCGCGCUGCUGCCGCGCGCCGAGCUGGACGGCGACCUGAAGCUGCACCGGGCCAUCAGGCUCAUAGGGCUGCCCAUGUACAUGAAGUCCCUGCGCUGGGCCCUGGUGGUCAUGGCCGUGCUGCUGGCGGUGUCCACGGUCGCCAUUGUGGCCCUGGCCUCUAGGACAGGGGCUGGAUGCCGGCCGUGUCCCCGUGGCUGGCUGUGGUCCGGGGAGCACUGUUACUACCUCUCCACUGAAGCUCAAGCCUGGGAGGCCAGCCAGGCUUUCUGCUCCUCCCACCGUGCCACCCUCCCCCUGCUGACCCACACCCAGGACUUCCUGGCCAGAUACCCUGUCACCAAGUACUCCUGGGUGGGGGCCCGGCGAGGCCCCCAGGGCUGGCACUGGAUCGACGGGGACCCUCUGCCACCCCAGCUGCUACCGGAGGAAGACAAGGACCAGUUGGGUCUGAAGUGCGCAGGCCUGGAGGGAGGCAGGCUUGUGGCUUUGGACUGCGCCUCUUUAAGACCCUGGGUCUGUGUCCAGGGGACCAAGUGA